CAUUCUUGCACAUAAACAUACAUAUUUUUUUAUUUUCUUCAUUAUUAUUAUCAUAAUGAAGACAUUAUCCUCAUCCUCAUCGCGUUUGUUAGAAGUAACGGUGAUAUCCGGUGAGAAUCUUCUAGAUAACCGGAAGCAACCAGUAAAAAAGAACACUUUUGUAAAUAUCAAAUCAGAAUCUUAUUCAUGCAACCUCCAAACAACUAAAAUGGAUAAAGAAGGCGGGAGUUUCCCUAGGUGGAACGAAAAAUUGAUCGUUGAUUUGCCCAUGCAUGCACGUCAUCUAACGGUGGAGGUUCAAUGCAAGACUUCUUCGGGGAUCAAAACUAUUGGGAUCGCAAAGGUUCCGACGUCGGAUUUUAUUGGAGGAUUUUUGCCCGAAGAUUAUUUGCAUUUUUUGAGUUAUAGGCUUAGGAAUGAAAAGGGUGAGAAGAAUGGUAUAAUUAAUUUUUCCGUUAGGGUCAAGAAUGCGGCGCCGCCUCAAAGUGCGGCCGGUUGUGCUGCCACUUAUAAACAGCAGUGGACGGAUAUGGGAAGUAGUUAUAACUGUUCUUAUGGGGUUGUUACGGGUAUGCCCGUUUAUCCAGAGAGUUUUCUAGAGUGCAACGAGUGUUCCAUCGACUUCGACUCGACCUCAACUCUAGCCAGUGUCCAGCAUAUCAGGUUCCAGGGUGAGCUAUUCCUUCUAGCUCGUGUUGAAUUCUCUCGGGCAUGACAUGAUAUCCUUAGUUGUCGGACACCUUAAGUUAUUUAUUUAUUCUGGUGUUUGACAUUUUCAGACUUUGUAUUUUAGAUUUAGAUGUCCUUGAAGUGAUGACUUUCAGGUUUUGGGAAAACGUAUCUAAUAGACUCUAAUGGUUUUAUUA